GGAGGGAACCUGCCGGGAGAAAUACAACGCCAUUUUCACCCAGAGCAGCUUCAGACAGAUGCGUCUGAGCUGAGAUCCGAGUGUUUUCGCCAACACCGCCUGUGCACAUUAUGACUAUGAAAUUAUGAGUCUGUUGUUUCUGUGCCACUCUGUGAUUUGAGCUCGUGUAGGAGGAAUCGGACUGUCACUGGCAGGAACUUCCCCCGUCGAGCUCCGGAAGACUGGAGAGAGGACACACACACAACUGCUCCGGCUGCCCGAUUUCUGCUCCAAACCCUCACAGUCAGGCUGCGGAGCGUUGUAUUGCCUUGAGGUUUGUGGUGGGACGAAGAGGAACAAACCCUGUUACGGUUGUGGAUGAUCUGGAUGUUCCGCAGAACGGAUGCGUGAGGACAUGUCGAGCGUGGUUUGCGUGAAGGAGACGGAUGGGCAGGGGGACCCUGGAGAGAAGCUGUCCCAGGAUGAGCUGCUAUGCCGGACACGGGAGGUCAUGCAGGGGCUGGAGGCGCUCCGUGCAGAACAUCAGGCCAUCCUGGAGGGGCUGAUGGGGACCUUGCGCUGCCUCAAACAGAGCCAGGAGGGACGUGCUGUCGAAGAGAAGACAGCCAUGAUCCAACGCUCUAUGGAGAUGCUGGAGCUGGGCCUCAGCGAAGCACAGGUGAUGAUGGCUCUUUCAGGGCACCUGAGUGCAGUGGAGGCAGAGAAACAGAAGCUUCGAGCACAGGUGCGGAGGCUGUGUCAGGAGAACCAGUGGCUGAGAGACGAGCUGGCAGGAACACAGCAGCGCCUGCAGAAGAGUGAGCAGAGCGUGGCCCAGCUGGAGGAGGAGAAGAAACAUCUGGAGUUCAUGAACCAGCUCAAGAAAUAUGACCAGGACCUCAGCCCAUCAGAUGACAAGGACUCUGAUUCCAGUAGGGAGACACUGGAUGAUCUUUUCCCAGAUGAGCAGGAUGAACCGGGACCUGGCAUCCAGCCUCCUCACAGCAGUGCAGUGGCAGCAGCACAGCAGGGCGGUUAUGAGAUCCCUGCUCGUCUCAGGACCCUCCACAACUUGGUGAUCCAGUACGCCUCACAGGGCCGCUAUGAGGUGGCCGUUCCUCUCUGCAAACAGGCUCUGGAAGAUCUGGAGAAAACAUCUGGGCACGAUCAUCCUGAUGUAGCCACCAUGCUUAACAUUCUCGCCCUUGUCUACAGGGACCAGAAUAAAUACAAAGAGGCAGCCAACCUCCUUAACGAUGCACUGGCCAUCAGAGAGAAGACCCUGGGCAAAGACCACCCUGCGGUGGCUGCCACAUUGAACAACCUGGCUGUUCUUUAUGGCAAACGGGGGAAGUACAAGGAAGCAGAGCCUCUGUGUAAAAGAGCACUGGAGAUCAGAGAGAAGGUGCUGGGGAAGGACCACCCUGAUGUUGCCAAGCAGCUGAAUAAUCUGGCCUUGCUGUGUCAGAACCAAGGCAAGUAUGAAGAGGUGGAGUACUACUACCAGAGGGCCCUGGAGAUCUACCAGACCAAACUGGGCCCUGACGACCCCAACGUGGCCAAGACCAAAAACAACCUGGCGUCAUGCUAUCUGAAGCAAGGGAAGUUUAAGCAGGCAGAGACUCUGUAUAAAGAGAUCCUCACCAGAGCCCAUGAGAGAGAGUUUGGCUCUGUGGAUGAUGAAAAUAAACCCAUCUGGAUGCAUGCAGAGGAGAGAGAAGAACAGAGCAAGGGCAAGCAGAAGGAUGGUUCUCCAUUUGGAGAGUAUGGUGGCUGGUACAAGGCCUGUAAAGUAGACAGCCCUACUGUGACGACCACGCUGAAAAAUCUCGGAGCUCUUUACAGGAGACAGGGCAAGUUUGAGGCAGCAGAGACUCUGGAGGAGGCGGCUCUGCGCUCCAGAAAACAGGGUCUGGACACGGCACAUAAGCAGCGUGUGGCUGAGGUGCUGGGAGACCCUGAAGUACGAGAGAAGCAGCGAAGCCGUGAGAGCCUGACCUCUGACACGGUGAAGUACGAAAGCGGCCCUGACGGAGGAGAGGAAGUGAGUAUGAGCGUCGAAUGGAAUGGGGACGGCUCGGGCUCGCUGAAGCGCAGCGGUUCCUUUAGUAAACUGCGGGCCUCUAUCCGGCGCAGCAGUGAGAAACUGGUCCGCAAGCUCAAAGGAGGUGGCUUACGAGAAAACGAACCCAAAAACCCUGGCAUGAAGAGGGCCAGCUCCCUUGGAGUUCUCAACGAUCCGGAUAAAGCUGUGGGUGAACUCAAAGAACGAAAUAAUAGUCUGAGGAAGUCGCGGGACCUGAGUUCCAGUCAUACUGACCUGGCGCAUUGAAGGUCCGCUGAUAAACGUCCUGGUAAAGAGAGGUACUAAGGAGGACUCACCAUCGAGCUGAGGAGAACUGUCUUCGACAGGACUACCUUUCUUCGGAGGUUACUUUUGCUCUCAUGUCUCUGUAUAUGUAUUUAAUUUCUGGUAAGUUAGCUAUAGAAAUGACAACUGAUGUAAAAACUCAACCAGAACCAAAGUGCACAAUAAAUUUGAGAUUUAUGUUCUGCAAAGAUGAAAAAUUGUCGGAAAACAUACAAAUAGAUAAUGCUAUUUAGGCUCAGGUUGAGACUUGACACUCUAAUGGCAUUUUUGCUGCUUUGAUGUGGUUUUUCCUUCGUUUUAUUUUAUUUUUUUAAAACCAGCAACUAUAGGACUGCUUUUAUUAAUGAAGGAUUAUAGUGACUUAAAUUACAGGUGUGCAUAUUUGAGUCUUCACAGACAUAAAAUAGUUUUACAGUUUUUGUACCGUUUUCCCUCUUUGUGACUUUAAUGUUGUUUAAAUACCUUGAGUUACACUAGAGGACCAUGAUGCUAAAGUACUGAUUCAGUCAAACUUAUUCCCUUGAUAAAGAGAGAACUGCACCGUGUUUAUGAAGGUCUAUGUUUACAUGAGUGAUGGUUCAGUGAUGCACAUUUUCGUAUUGCUUUUGAGCAGUCGGUUCAUAACAAAAGAAAUAGGAAAAUUCCUCAUAGUAAAAGAUAAUAAUUUAAAAUGUGUUACGCUGCCUUGGAGAUCUGUGUUCAAAAUGUAGAUUAAAUCUCAGGACUGAAAGAACAGAUUCAUUAUGCAAAGUAACACAGCACUUUGAUCUCAUAGGAUAAUGUUACACUAUUAAUCCUUUGCAUGUUACAGAACUAAACUGAGAUGUUUACCUCAGUAUUGGUUGCGUUUGGUUUAUAGAUGCUUAUAGAUCUGGUUUCACCUCUCACACCAGCACCAAAAUGUUUGCUAAUUAGAUCUAUAAACCGAAUAUGACAAGUUUUCAUGAACAAUAACAACAGGAAGCCUUUGUCUUUCUGAUAUUUGAGAGGUAAAACAAUGCUUUCAUCUCACAUGGAGUUGUAAGUACUGUUACUCCACAUAGAAAUGCACUGGAAUAUGAAUUCAGCCCCCAGAUGCUUUAACUACAGUACCUGUUUGAAAGCGGUGUGCCUUGUGAGUGCCUCGGGCAGGUUCUUACUAAUGAAUGUGGAAGUUAUUGAUUUUUGAGUGUGAUAGCAGAACAGUUUGAACUCUGUAAGGUCAAAUGUUGGUCACGAUCGCAAAGUAAUUAUGAAUUUUUAAUACUGUGGUCAAAUAAAAGCCCAAUGUAUAUCUGUGUAUCAUGUCAUGGAUUUAUGCUAAUAUAGUGCACUGCUCAGCUGGCCUUCUUGACUUUGUUUCUACUUUCUUUGUUCUCUAUAUCCAUGUGAAACGUUCUAUGGGUGUGAUAUAUGACUGCCUUCAUUCAUCUUGUAUGUAUAAGUGUGUUUUCUCUGUAAAACGCAUGUUAAUGCUCUGCAUUGUGACAAUGUGCAAUAGGGUAGCCGCUGUGUGUUGGCUGGUUUUAAUCUCACAUGCAAUGUUUUACUGACAAAAGCUGGAAUAUCUGCUUGGCUUGUGUGUUUUGGUUAUCUUUGUACUCUAAACGAAUAAAUAUAUCAUUUACAUUUUUAUAUAAGAGUAUCCAAUUACUAAUUUUAGCUUUGUUACACAUUUGUGGAACUAAAUGUGCCCUUCACAUGUUUGAAUUUUAUUCUCAAACAGUUUAUAUUCUGUGUUUUUUGACUGUUGAUCAGUUUGUGUUAAAUUUAGUCGUCAUUGCUGUUUUUUUUUUUUGUUUUUGUUUUUUAAUGGGGUUACUGAUGUGUCACUCGCUCCCUUAUGUCCAUACGCAGUUGCAUUGUUUUUGUUUAUUUUGAAGUGCAAAAUAUACACUCAAAGGUUCCGAUUAAAAUUACUAAAAGGAAAUACAGCAUUAAAAAUAAAGUUCAAAACCUGUGUGUAGUGUGUAACAGCAGGGACUGUUGUGACCUGUAUGAUAUAA